GCCAGCGGAAGCGCCAGGUCAGUGGACGGCGCGACGGCAGUCACGAACGUGAACGCCACCGGCGACGACGGCGCGACGGUCAAGGCAAGCGCAGACACUGUGGCGGCAGGGCCGGACGCCGAAGCAGCGUACUCGCUGGUGCUCGGAGCAA